AUGUCGCUCUUUGGUAAGAAGAAGAAGAAGGUCGAUUCGAAGUCCGUGCCGGACCUUCCGAAGCUGGACUUGGCCUUGACGGGAGCAUGUUUUGGGCUUCUGGCCAUGGACGUGGCGCUCUUCGCCUCAAACGAGGGGCCGCAAGUGGUGGGGGAGCUGGGGCUCUACAUGGUCAUCACCGCAGUGGCCAUCGCUGCCUGCCGCGCUGGGGCGCGGCAGCUGGGAGCAGCGGUGGGCACUGAGGAGGCAUUGGCGGCACCCCGCAACCUCCGGAAGUUCGCGGAUCAGUCCUGGCAGCUGGCCGUGCAUGCGCUGAUGACCGCCUACGAAGUGCUCCUCUUCAGCCGCAACGGUUGGAUCUGGUGGACUGACACAAGGACGUUGUGGAACCAGCCUUGGCAGUCCAGCGGCGAGUGCCCUUCGGACCUUCGCAGCCUCUACAUCGCGCAACUGGCCAUUUGGUUCGUCACCGCCUUCUCCCACAAGUUCGUGGAGGCCAAGCACAACGACUACUUCGUGAUGUACGGGCACCACGUUGCGACGCUUGGCCUGGUGUCGCUGUCUUACUUCAACGGCUGGCAGCCCAUAGGGCUGAGCACUCUCUUCGUGCACGACUCCUCAGACAUCGUUGUGGACCUGUUAAAGAUGGUCAACUACUUGGGCUACGAUGCCAAGAGCGGGACGUUUCUGGCCGAGAUCUUCUUCGCCGUGAACUUGGUGACCUGGCUCCUGAUGCGCACCUACUUCUUCACUUUGAAGGUCAUCAGGUCGACGCUCCCCAAGGAUUUCCUGGCCCCCGGCUGGGGGGACUACGACCUCGUGGCGCCGCUGCUCAGUCCGCAGAACUCCUGCCGUGUGCUGCUGCUGGUGCUGGGCGUGAUGCAUCUGUAUUGGUACGCCCUCUUCCUGCGGAUCCUGGCGCGAUUGAUCCGUGGCACUUCCGGGCACGAGGCAGGCCGCGAGUACGAGGGCAGCUCCAAUUCGGAGCCUGAGGAGGACAAGAAGGGCCAGUGA